ACUGUUAGUCUAGCACGCGGAGGGCAAAACGAAUAUCAGUAUGGCGACUGGUAUAAACUGUCAGGUAGCUGCCCUUGGAGCCGGAUUGGUUUCCACUGGAAAUAAUGUAGAAGCAGCAUAGCAGACAUGCCUUUUAUCAAGAGGGCCGUUGACCCGGUCUAUCUUAGCCGGCGAUCACCUGAAAAUGAUCAAAAUGAGGAGUUAUUGUCGGUUUCGAACUGGACCUUGUCGCAAGCUCUGCGACAGUUAGGGAGUCUUGUUAAACAUGCCAACGACAUUUUUGCCGAUGUGGCACUAGAGUUCCAAGCGAUAGGGAAGAGGACCGAGAGGCUGUCACAGAGGACAUCCAACCUGAAGGAGUUGGUCGAGGCUCUGGAUCACAAAACUGCGAUUGUUCCUGAAAGUGAUUUGAAAACGGUGAAUGGAAUAAUCGAACAUUUUCAUCUCCACAAUGGCUACGACUGUGACCUAUUUGUCCGGGAUACAAGGCCAGCAUGCAUUCGUAACUUAUAUGAUAGUGCUAACCUCAACCCCGAGAUCACCAUUCGUAAGCUGGACCAUGUGCGUCAAGAUGGGAAGACUGCACGAGGAUUGUUCUUCCUCUCUCCUGUGUUCACCAAGGAGGACUACCCUCAGAGAGAUCCUCAUAUUGACUUGGAGGAACUUAAGCCUCCCAAGCACAAGUUCCACAAAGUCACCAGAAAGUUACUGCGGCUGCGCAACAAUCGUCCCAAGUCAAUGGAAGUUAUGGACGCUUUGGACUACCAGCCUCUUACUGAUGAAAUCCCUCUCCCUACUCCAGAAGAGGCGCUGAGGCGAAUGUGCAAGUCACAGCCUUCACUCUGCAUUGUCGAAGUUGACACUGCAGGGACAAGCUUCAAUCGCAUGUGCGCUUUCAGGCAGUCUCUGCACCAUAUAGACUUUGAGAGCCUUGACACAGAGGCAACUGUAGAACAGUUUGAUCCUGAUGUCAAACCUAUGGAACAGAAACGUAAGAGAAGACAGACUCUAACGGGAAUUCCAGGACAUAUUGCCAAAGAACUUAGUCUCUUCAGAACAAAGAAUCAUGAAAAACUGAGGAACAAUGCUCGUGACAGACCAAAGACAACUGACUUUGAAACUCAUCGUCAUCUGCACCAAAGCCCAUGGAUAUUCCUUGAAGCUGAGACUGCAGAAUUUGUUGGUGCAGUGGAUCGGCGUUUCAGGUUGAGAAGACAUGAUAAUGCAUUAUAUGCCUCUAUAAGACGUUGCAACUCUCUGCCUCGGAUGUCAAGGAAAAAGGCAGUUGCUCCAGAGGAGAAACCUCCAUAUAAGGUUGCCAUGCCACUUGUGCGAACACUGUCUGACAGUAGACUGAAUGUUAAAAAGACAAAAGCUGAACACAGCAGUUUUUCCUCGCUCACGAGGUCUGUCUCAUUUGCAGGCCGUGGAAAAGCAUGGCUUGCUUCCUCAAGAGUCCGUCCCAAAUCAGAAGAAGUCCUGGAUGAACUUGACCCUAUUCGUAGCCCAGAACCAAGUGACCUUGACAUGAGGACAAUGUCAAGUGUGGGAUCUGGGUCAAAAUCAACGGAAGAUCUCAAGUGCUCCUUGCAGAGUUUGGCUGCAGUGUACAGUAGGCGUGGUUACCCCAUGCCCCCAGCAGAGAGCCUGGCAUCUGUGCAGCUUAGGGAGAACAGAAAUAAGAAGAACAAAGAGGACCGACAGUCUUCAUCAGGUAACUGGAGUGGUAGCAGUAACAGUGCCCGCCAUUCCCUGGACUCAGACUAUGCUAGGCCCUUCCACCACAGUACUGAGAGAGAUUCCGCUGUGUCACUGACUGUAGACCAUCUUCCCACAGCACAAGAAACUGACGGAGAGGAAAAAGCAGCAGAGGAAGAAGAAAAAGAGGAAAAGCGAAAACAAGAAGAAGAGAACUCAAAUCAGUGUACAACAGACAAUACACCUGAAGUACUUGUUACUCCAGCAGAGGAAAUACCUAAACCAAGCACUGAUGAAAACAAUGAGAAUGAGGAAAAUAUUGUUAAACCAGAGGACGAAAACGAUGGUUCAGACUUCACCUAUAUGGACACAGAUGCUUGGCUUGCUAGUCUGGAGAGAAAGAAAUCCAAAAUGAAAAGUGAACCAAACUCUCCAUUCAAACCAACAGUAGCAGCAGCAGACUCUGCUGAGCUAAAACCAGAUGAAAAGGGUUAUGUACAUCCUGACUAUCGUCGAUUGAUGCAGCCAGACUUUCGCCGCCUGUCUCAGGCCAGCACUGGGUCUUCACUGAGCUCUGACCCUAGGAGGUUAUCCUACACUGAUUCCUCAUCUGUAAGCUCAGAGGGACUCAGUAUUUCGCAGCUGACUAGAGAAAAUGUUAACAUGCACGAUGCAUUGGACAACGUACUAGAAAACCUAGGUACAAACUUCGACGAUGAGUUGGGAUCAGUGCACUCUAUGGAUGAUGAUGGUUUUUACACGUCUUUCCACACAGACUGUGGGCUCACUAGAAGCCUCAGUUCCUACUUAAAUAACUCAAAGUUUGAAUCUCUCAUAGAUGAAGAGGACCUUUCUGAAAAAGAGAGGAAAGAAUUGAACAGACUGUCUACUUACAGCAACUGGAGUAUCACAAGUUUUAGAAGUAUUGACAGUGUGAUUUAUGUACCUCCUCCUGCUGAGAAACAAAUCGAAUCAGCAGAUAAGAAAGGUAGCAUUAGCACAAAAGAAGCCAUAGAAAAAGUGGCCAUGUGGCAAAAGGCACAUGCUUCUCCAGUUCCAACCCCUCCUGUUGAAGAUGAUGGUGGUGAUCUAAAUAGAAAAGAACCUGUACAACAGCAACCUAAGCAGCAAAAGAAAACGCCACCACCUCCGCCAACAAGAACCACAACUUUACAGACUCAGAAACCAGAUAAAAUGGAUCCUCCUUAUCUAUCCAAGCCACACAUUCCACACAGUGCCUCAGAGCCUGUCAUGCUCAACCCUGACCUCCAUCCAAAUGCAUUACCAGUCCAGCGCCAAGUUUCCUUGGAUAACACAGACUCUGAAAAGAGGCGAGCCAGCCUUCAGAGCACUACCAGCAAUGCCAGUGGCGCCACCACAACAAGUCGUGUGGAGGCAAAGCUGAGAGAGGUCAAGGAUAAAAUUGCUGAUCUUGUCAGUGGUAAUAAGAAGGAAACUUCUGCCAAGAUGAUCAACUCUAUGAGAUUGACAGCAGACAGUGAGACUGACUCCAGUGAGGGUGACCCUGCAGAUGUCCAGGACUUCGACAAAUCCAUGAAGCUGGGAGAGGUGGACACUUAUGUCAAGUUUGAUGUCACAGAACAAGACUGGAGUGAGGUGUCCAGCAUGUCCUCUUUCUCUUUCAAUGAAGACAUUGAUAAUGAUUCUACCCACAACAGACUUGUGAACAAGACCUCAUUUAGUUCAUCCUUGUACCCAUCCUGGUGCUCUGUCACCCCAGUCCCUAGUGACGAUGAGUCCAUGGGACAUGGCGACAGUCCUGACAUAAGCAUGGCACACACACAGCCAGAUUUUCGACCAUUCAAUUCAGUUUCUGUUAAUGCUAAUGGAGGGGUUUCUGCUAGUGCUGGUAUUAAGGAGAAAUACAGUGUAGUUACUGAGCCAGAGAGCAGCGUCCAUGUACUUCAACGUGUCCCAGCAACACCAGACACAAGCUGUGACAGCCUGGAUGUCACUGUGCUCCCAAACACCACAAGUGGGACUACACCUGCCACAACAGCACCACCUGUGGCUAAAACAGCACCGCUCUCUGUCACCACAGCACCAUCACCAGUGUGGGAAAGAAGAUUUCCAGAACCAGAGAAACCCAGCAUCCAGGGCAUACUGAAACAGACAAAGACCACAGCUACAGCACCAACAACCAGCACUAACAAUGCUGAACAGCCUCCAAAGCCUAUGAAAGUCAUCAACUUUGCUCCUGGAACCAGCAUUUAUGAAGCCGAGAUUCAAAUUACACCCAACAAAAAUAAGGCCCCUCCAAGGCCACCAAAGACAUUUUUGAAACAAGGGAGCACCUUUGAUGAUGAUUCAGACAGGACCAAGAAGCCCUUGCCUCCCUUACCUCAAGAGGGAAACAGAAACAGUAAUAUAAAUUGUCUUCCAUGGCCUUUAGAGCUUCCAUAUCAAGAGUCACCAGCAGGAAGUGCUACAGUGAUUGAGAAUCACCAUGUUUAUAACUCUUUUCAGAAACAGGUUGUUGUCAGUCCUGAUCAGACCCCUACAGGUUCACCAGUUAAGAUUCGUACCACAAGUAAUGGUUCCUAUUCCACAAUAGUAUCACCAGAUAGGACACCCACAGCUUCACCAGUGCAGCAAUAUCAGGAUUCCUUUGAAAGCCCAGAUUCUGUAGUCUCAGCAAGACAAGUGCCUAGUCCAUCAGCAAAUUAUGUGGUGAUGUCACCAACUGUUGUUUCAUCCAAUCGAAGCUCAACGUAUUCAUCCACUGGGUCAUUGUCAAGGUAUUCAUAUACUAGUAAUGCUAGUUCCCACUCCAGUGGCUUGUUCAGUGGGUCCAUGAGUCCUUUAAGCACACCCAGUAAUAGUAACCCAAGCACCCCAUAUGGAACUCUAACAAGAGAGGGGCGUCCUGCCAGUGGACUGAGUUCUUACAGCAUGUCCCCAGCUACUACACCCACGGGGAGUGGUCAGGUCACUCCAACUGGAUCUCUUGACCGUAGGAUCAUUGCGCAAAGGGGUUCCACUGGCCGGCUGGUCAGCCCAGGGGUGUCAGCUGGAAGACUGGUUUCCCCAGGAGGUUCCUCUGGGUCUCUCACCAGGUCAAAUUCUACAGGUUCACGGACAAGUGCUUAUGGGACUGCUUCUACAGGGAGAUCACCAGGUGACACACCCACCACUUCUGUCACCCCUGGGGAAGAAGUCCCACCCCCUCUGCCGCCAAAGUACAUGCCUACAAUUGUAGUGAAGCCAAGAGUAAGAGGAGAUGGAAAUGGAACAUCCAGUAGAACAGGAUCUAGAUCAAGUUGGGAAGGGUAUGGAUAUGAGUAUGUUGGUACAGGCAGCACCCCUACUAAUUCUUUAGACAGAAAACAAGCCAGGGUAAGCCUAAUCCAGGCCCCUAGUAACAAUGCAGGACAGGUGGCUGAAAGUGGCAACAUGCAAAGAAACUCCAACUAUGCAACUCUGCCCACUUCUUCAACUGCCAUCAGGGAGCCUAUAUAUGCCAACUUUACUGGUGCACAAUCAAGCAGUAGAACUUCCCCAAGCACUGCAGCCCCUGCCUCUAUUAAACUGAUCAGGGAACCAAUCUAUGCAAACAUCAGGCGCGCACAGCAACCUGUUGGUGUGCAUGCUACUGUAGCUAGCGGGGUUGUUCCUGUUAAGUCCAUUAACACAACUGCAGUCAGGCGAAGCAACCCUGAUUAUGAAUAUAUGAGUGGCACUGAGAGUUGGCCAAGGAUGUCUCCCAAAGUGACAGACAAUCCUGGUCAAAUGCAGAGGAUUUCCCCUCAUAAUGGUCCUCAAAAUCAGAUUACAGCCAGAAAAGACAAUCUUGGACAAAACUUUCCACAUGCACCUGGUCAAAUUUUACCAAAUAACACUAGGAAUUUACAUGUUUCUCCAAAGGAGCCACAAAACCAGAGAGUAUCCAGUGCAUCUCAGAACAGAGCUAGGGCCAGUUUCCAUGGAGAGUCUUCCACAUUCCCACGUGAAGAAAAUAAAGCACAGAGACCAGUUAGUCUUGUUAUGCCGGGGCGGUUGAAACCAGCACCACCUAUGAGAAGUGUCUCCAGUCCAUCUGGCAACAAUAAACCAGCUUUCCCUGUGAGAACAACCCCUAGUCCAUCCCAACAUAAUAGUAGACCCCCUCCACCAGUGAGGGCAACCCCUAGCCCAUCUGGGUCUUCAAGUCAGAGUCAACAAAAUACCAGGUCAUCUUCUGUGCCAAGUACUCCCCAGUAUGAACAGCAAGACUCAAAGUCUGUGGAAAGCUUUAAGCAGUUGUUGUCUCAGCAGCUACAGAGAGGUAGUCACAUUUCUGCUGCCCAGGCUCUUCAUGUUCAUCAAGAAGACAUGUCUGAUGGAGAAUCCAGUGUCAGCAGUCAUGUUUCGACUAAUUCUUCACAAAGGCACAUGGUGUCCAUCAAGGAGAUUAGGCAGGCAGUAGGGAGGCCAGUUCAACUUAAUGGCCCAGGACAUGUAACUCAACUGUCCCCACAACAACCCUCACAGCAGAAUGCCAAUAAUUUAGGAAGACCUGCAUCAGUGAAUGGUCCUACCACUAUCCACAAUUCACAAUAUGGUGCAUGGCAAAAUACCAGCCAUGUAGGAAGGCCAGCUCAACUAAAUGGUCCUACCUCUACCUCUAUGCAGUAUCAAUCACAGAAUGGACCGCAGCAAAAUGUUAUGCUCAAUAGAUCUGUGAACCAACAAGAUAGCAGACUGCAAGGUGCAGCUUCUGCACACCCUAGUCAUUAUGGAAGUGUGGACAGAAAAUCUUCUGCGGGGUUUGUAAAGGAUUCAUCACAAGUAAUCGUAAGGCCUCAGUCAAAUUAUUCUUCUGCUACUUUGCCAGCAUCCAUACCAACACAUGCCACACAAGUUUCUGGCAAUCAACGUCCUGUACAAAAUCAUCUGACACAUGUCUCCAAAGAUCAUGGUCAAAUGCAGAGUCAUUUCCAAGGUCAAGGCUGUGUUCAGAAUCAGGUGACACAUCCAACCCAAGGUCAAGGUGAUGCUCAUAACCAUGUGAAGCAAGCACCCCCGAGUCCAAGGAGGAAUCAGAUAAGUUAUGUUCAGCCUACAGAACAAAACUCUCCUACUAUAAUAUCGAAUCAGCUGCAAAAACAGCAACCCAAAUUGUCACCAAAGGAAAAGCUACACUAUCCCGAUGUCAUCCAGUCACACACAACUCAGAAAACCAACAGUGCUGGGGUGCCCUUGAGGGGGGCUGCAAAACUAAUGGCCAAACAGAGUGGGCAGUUGGUGCAAAUGAGGAGACAAACCUGGGCAAAGAGCAGUGAGAGACUUCCCAUGGAAACCCGCAGUGAAUUCCGCAAGUCGUCCGGCUCUCUGAAUGAACUAGCUGUAUUGUCUCUUAUUGAUGACAUUAACUGGAAAAUUGGAACAGAUGGGAUUGAGGUUGCACAAGAUGAGAGAGGGGUGAUACACACUUGUGUAUGAGGUUUCUAAAUAAUGUUUUAAAGUUUUAAUGGCGAUUGUCUCCCCAGCAAUUUGACAGAAAAAAAUGUUGCUGGCGUCAUUAAAAAAAAAAAAAUUAUGCAGUGUUGUGCCUAAGAUGGACACCAUUUUGUCUCAUUCAUUACCUUGAAAAUUUGAUCCAAGCACACAUGUACCUCACAUAUCAAUUUUAAGUUAUUUUGAAGUUAUUUUAUUACUCUUAGCCAAAAGUAGUUACUAUGUGAAUUAAUAUUUUAAGAGAUUUCAGAGUCAUUGUCAGUAUUUCAUUUAGUGUUAUACUAUAUUUUAUAGGUAAAAUUUGUAUAAAAUGGUUGCAAGCUGUUAGAGUGCAAUAGAGCUAGGUUUUUUAAAACAAAUGGUGAUUUGCAAAGUGCUUGUUAGACAAGACCAGUUGAAAUUUUCAACAGACUCAUGCUAAAAAAUUUAAUUUACCUUCAUUUUAUCUGAGAAAAUAUUUCCAAUGGAAAUAUAUAAUUUAACUACUGAUCAUACUUAUAAGUGUUGAUAUUUGCUUUAUCAUGCAUUGUUUAGCAUUUUCAUUUGUUUAUUUACCUGUAUAACAAUACAUGGAUAAGGAAUUAAAUUACCUUUCAAGUUUUAUUUGUAAAUAUUUUGUUUGUACUAUGUAUGUAAACAUAUCUCUACCACUCUUUAACUGAUCUCACUUUUGUGUCACCAAAGGUUAAACUGUAAGACAUUUAUAGUUAGACAAAUUAAUAUUAUUAUAAAAUCAGUGUGAAUAACAAUUUACAAGAUUUUAGUGGUUAGCUGUUUUUAUCUCAAGAUAAAAAUGACCUUGUAUACGUGUACAGGUAGUGUUUAUAUACCAUGGUUGUUUGUUCAUUUAGGCAUGCCACUCUAGUGCCUUGAACUGCUGGACUUCAUACGGUAGUUUUCUGUAUAUACAGAGCCUUAAUAAGGUAGUUGUUACUGAAUGCUGAUACUGUACAUUACCACUGAUCACAAACAAUAAAGAAAAAUACUGUCACACAUGUUAUCUUAUGUUGUUCAGUAUUUACAUAGACUUUCUUUAGAAUGGUAAUAAUAUGUUGGUAAAAACAUUUACCACCAACAUGAAGUUUAUAAAAAUUCUUAUCAAUUUAGUACAAGUCAAAGUCAAAAAUUGUAUUUUUUUCUUUCAAGGGAAAUUAACUUACUGUGGUCAUUUUUAAUUUGGAUAAUUUGAAAACUGUCUCUUUUGCAUUUUACUUCAGAGUCCUAGCCAAUUGCUUUGCUUGAAGGGACCUUUCUUACAUAUUUAUAGAGAAUAAAAUUGCUACAAUUAGUUUCAUUAGCACAAUGCAAAGUAAAAAGACAAAGAAAGUAAACCCUCAAGUGAAUGCUAGCAAAGUGUAGCGUAUUUCAGAAUUUGGAACUUUAAAGUUAUGGUAAAAAAAAAAAAAAUUUGCAUUUUGAGCAGUUCCCUUAUUAGGAACAUAUUCCUAGUCGAGCAAAAUUCCUAAACCAUGAAACUGAUAACCUGCAAGUCCAGUAAAAGAUCACUUCACCUUGAACUUUCAACAGUACAUUGGAAUAACUCUCCGUCAUUUAGAAAACUGCUGGAAAUGAAUUUGAACUGUGCAACGUAAGAAAAAAUUCUAAAACAUAUUCAUUUUUAUUCAAAUUAUAAAAGUUACUGUAGCUUUAAAAGUGCUUCUAUUACAAGGAAUAAUUGCCACCAUUAUGGUCCCCAUAUUUUCACAAUAUCCCAUUAACAUGGUUGCACAAAUUAGGCCAAACAAUAUUAACCUUUAAUGUCUGACUGGGAUCCAGUUCCAAUACUUUCAUGCAAUUUAGAUAAGUUAACUAAAGAUAGAACCUUUGAAGAGGGUAGAGCAAACAUAUGCUGGUCCACCAUCUUCCAUUUAAAAAUUGUUUUAAGUAUCCCUGUGAGAAGGUAAGAUACAUGACUCUGUUGAACACAGUUAAUAUACUUAAGUAAUUUAGACUGCCAGGUAGUCCAAGUUCCAGCUUGUUGGUAUUUUUUUAAAAUUAAAAACAAUUCACACAUGCCUGCUAUUUGGAUAAUGCUCAGUAUGCUGUCAGGAUGAGUAGCCUAAUAUUAAUCAUCUUUCAAAAUACUCCAGAAAUAAUGUUGGGUCUACUUUUACUAUGAACAUUUGGAAUGUCUUCAACCUGACUUAAAUACACCUGGCAUUUGUGAAAUAUUUGAAAUGUUACACUUGUUUUGUUCUUUCUACUUUAUAUGUAAAAUAAUCUUCAUUUUGAAAAGGCCAUUAAGAACCAUAUAUAUACAACAUUCAAGAUUAAUGUCUUCAUUUCUCUGCCACCUCUAUGACACCAAAGUUUAACAUAACUUACUUUAAAUGUACAUACACCCAUUUUAAGCAUUCUGGUCAUAACAAUAAUUUCCUAAAACUAUUACAACAUUCUAACAGCUGACAUGAUUGUUCAUAUCCACAUUUGUACAUAAAAAGAAUGCUAGAAACAACACUGCAGUGAAAAAAUUCAACUCAGCCAUCAAGUCAGUACUGUUGUUUUCAAGUUUUACACAGUGGGAGCCUCAUGCUCCACAACUGCUAAAUCUAGACUAGAAGGCUGAUAAUGACAGGCAGUCGGGCUUUAUGUUACAUGGUAAACAGAAUCUUUUUAAAUGAGUAAGGAAUGAGAAAUGUUAAUGUUUGAAAAAAUGCUUAAAAUGCCAUUUGAUUGGCAGAAGGCAGUUUCCACACUCAAAGGUUAUAAAUGUCACA